AUGGAGGAAGCGGAGGGGGGCGCGGCGGCUGAGGAGUGGGGCACCACCCCCGCGGGGCCCGUCUGGACCGCCGUGUUCGACUACGAGGCGACGGGCGACGAGGAGCUGACCCUGCGGAGGGGCGACCGCGUCCAGGUGCUUUCCCAGGACUGUGCGGUGUCGGGCGACGAGGGCUGGUGGACCGGGCAGCUCCCCAGCGGCCGCGUGGGCGUCUUCCCCAGCAACUACGUGGCCCCCGCCGCCCCCGCCGCCCCGGCCAGCCUCCAGCUGCCCCAGGAGAUCCCCUUCCACGAGCUGCGGCUGGAGGAGAUCAUCGGUGUAGGGGGCUUUGGCAAGGUCUACCGGGCCCUAUGGCGUGGCGAGGAGGUGGCCGUCAAGGCCGCCAGGCUGGACCCUGAGCAGGACCCGGCAGUGACCGCAGAGCAGGUGCGCCAGGAGGCCCGGCUCUUCGGAGCUCUUCAGCACCCCAACAUCAUCGCCCUCAGGGGCGCCUGCCUCAGCCCCCCACACCUCUGCCUGGUGAUGGAGUAUGCCAGGGGAGGCGCACUGAGCAGGGUGCUGGCAGGUCGCCGGGUGCCCCCUCAUGUACUGGUCAACUGGGCUGUGCAGGUGGCCCGGGGCAUGAACUACCUACACAAUGAUGCCCCUGUGCCCAUCAUCCACCGGGACCUCAAGUCCAUCAACAUCCUCAUUCUGGAGGCCAUCGAGAACCACAACCUCGCGGACACGGUGCUCAAGAUCACGGACUUCGGCCUCGCCCGAGAGUGGCACAAGACCACCAAAAUGAGCGCUGCAGGGACUUACGCCUGGAUGGCCCCCGAGGUUAUUCGUCUCUCCCUCUUCUCCAAAAGCAGUGACGUCUGGAGCUUCGGGGUGCUGCUCUGGGAGCUGCUGACGGGUGAGGUCCCCUACCGUGAAAUCGACGCCUUGGCUGUGGCAUAUGGCGUGGCUAUGAACAAGCUGACACUGCCCAUCCCCUCCACGUGCCCCGAGCCCUUUGCCCGCCUCCUGGAGGAGUGCUGGGACCCAGACCCCCACGGGCGGCCAGACUUCGGCAGCAUCUUGAAGCGGCUUGAAGUCAUAGAGCAGUCAGCCCUGUUCCAGAUGCCGCUGGAGUCCUUCCACUCACUGCAGGAGGACUGGAAGCUGGAGAUCCAGCACAUGUUCAAUGAUCUCCGCACCAAGGAGAAGGAGCUCCGCAGCCGUGAGGAGGAGCUUCUGCGGGCGGCCCAGGAGCAGCGCUGCCAGGAGGAGCAGCUGCGGCGGCGAGAGCAGGAGCUGGCGCAGCGCGAGAUGGACAUCGUGGAGCGGGAGCUGCACCUGCUGAUGUGCCAACUGAGCCAGGAAAAGCCCCGUGUCCGCAGGCGCAAGGGCAACUUCAGGCGCACCCGCCUUCUCAAGCUGCGGGAAGGCGGCAGCCACAUCAGCCUGCCCUCGGGCUUUGAGCACAAGAUCACAGUCCAGGCCUCUCCAACCUCGGACAGGCGGAAAGGUUCCGAUGGGACCAGCCCCCCCGCAAGCCCCAGCAUCAUCCCCCGGCUGAGGGCCAUUCGCUUGACUCCUGUGGACGGCGGUGGCGGCAGCAGCGGCAGCAGUAGCAGUGGCGGUGGUACCUGGGGCCGCAGCGGGCCCCCAAAGAAGGAAGAACUGGUUGGGGGCAAGAAGAAAGGCCGGACGUGGGGACCCAGCUCCACCCUACAGAAGGAGCAGGCGGAGGAAGAAAGGCUGAAGGCCCUAGGGGAAGGAAGCAAACUGUGGUCAUCCAGCGCCCCCAACCUGGGCAAGUCCCCCAAACACACCCCCAUUGCCCCAGGCUUCGCCAGCCUCAAUGAGAUGGAGGAGUUCGCGGAGGCAGACGGAAGCAGCAGCGGGCCCCACUCCCCCCACAGCACCCUGGCCUACCUCGAGGCGCCGCUGCCCCCCCAGCCCUCCCCUGGGGCGCCGCUGCCCCCCACACCCACCCGGUCCGCGCUCAGCGCCCGGCGCAGGCGCUGCGAGUUGGCGCUGCUGGGCUGUGCCUCGCUGCUGGGCGCCGUGGGCCUGGGCGCUGAUGUGGCGGAGGCUCGGGCAGCGGAAGGCGAGGAGCAGCGGCGGUGGCUGGACGGCCUCUUCCACCGCGCCGGCCGCUUCCCCCGCGGCCUCAGCCCCACGGCACGCUCCCCUGGACGCCCCAACGCAGCCUCCGGCCCGGGCCUGGCGCCCUCGGCCACCCUGGUGUCGCUGUCCUCCGUGUCGGACUGCAACUCCACGCGCUCACUGCUGCACUCCGACAGUGACGAGGCCGCGCCAGCAGCACCAUCCCCGACACCCUCCCCUCUUGCGCCCUCGCCCAACACCAACCCCCUGGUGGACCUGGAGCUGGAGAGUUUCAAGAAGGACCCCCGCCAGUCACUGACGCCCACCCACGUCACAGUCACUGCCUCGCGCGCUGUGAACCGUGGGCACCGGAGGACCCCGUCGGAUGGGGCGCUAGGGCAGCGGGGGGCGCCAGAGCCCACAGGCCCCGGCCCUGGCCCUCGAGAUCCCCUGGACUUCCCCCGCCUGCCUAAACCCCAGGCUCUGUUUCACACACACCUGCAGCCCCCCGAGUUUCCUGGCCGCCCCACCACCCUGACCUUCACCCCAAGACCCCGGCCUGCUGCCAGCCGCCCCUGCCUGGACCCCUGGAAGCGGGUCUCCUUCGGCCGAACAUGCAGCAUCUCGCCUCCCAGCAGGCUGGACACUCAGGAGAGCCCCGGGCGCCCCAGCAUGCAGCCCACUCUGCUCGACAUGGACAUGGAGGGGCAGAGCCAGGACGGCACAGUGCCCCUGUGCGGGGCCCACGGCUCCCGCUGA